GGACGUGGGAUCAAGUGCUACCAGUGUGACUCAGCGAAGAGUUGGGAUCACUGUGUUCCUGGAAGCAAUACAGAGUGUUCAGCCGGCCUGGAUUCCUGUGUUAAAUUUGAAGGUCAAGCAGAAUUCCAGGGUGUAACUCGUAAAUAUUUUUACAAAGGAUGCGCCUUGAAAUCGAGAUGCACAGACAAAGUUUGUAAAAUAGUGUUACCAUCAUCAGCUACGAUCAAAAAGUGUGACGUCAGUUGCUGCCAAAGUGACCUGUGCAAUGGAGCCAAAGUACCAGUAGUCAGCGGCUUCCUGUUUUUGGCCUGCGCCCUCGUGGCUUUUUUUUUCUUAAAUCGUAUAUUUUCUGUUUGA